GACGAGAACGCGUCAUUACGGCUAAGUUCAACCAGUAGAGUCUCUCCGUCCGUUGGCGUCCUUUUUUGUGAGUGUGAAGGAGAAUUCAUCAUGGGUCUUGGAGGCAGACGUUCAGAUACCAGCCGAAAGAAAAAGCAGACCAUCACAGUAAAGGCAUCAGAUGUCCCUAGGUUAAAGGUUGUGAAGUUGGAGGCCAAGUGCAAAAAUAAUAAUGAAGCAUUUAAAUGGAUGCUCAUAUUAGCUGAGAAGUAUUUAGGGGUUGAGAUUAAAACUGGAAAUGGUGGACCUAUCAUACCUUCCCUUGAUGAGGAUAAGAUUGCAGAUAUUAAGAUGAGUGAUGGUAAUGAGGACAUGACGAAAAUGGAAAGAGAGGAGACAGGUGAUAUUGUUAGCAAGGCAGCCCAAGCCAUCAGAGAGGACUUAGAGAAAGAAGGAUCUUGUAAUCCUGGCAUGAGUGAGCAGUUUGAGAUGGUUGAAAAUGAAAGCACUACUCCGUGCUUACCUGACAACAGUGGUCAAGAAGGCAUAGAAGUAUCUAACAUUUCAGGAGAGGACAUUGAAGUAAAGCCCCCAACUUUGACUAUGAGUCCUCGCCGCAGUGGAAGGGUCAGAGUUCGCCAGAGCAAAGAAGGCGGCUUUAAAUGCAGCAUAUGUCCAUUUCGGUACCCUACCAAGGAGGCUGUUAAAAUACAUGAAGCUACACAUCAAUCUAAGGUACAGGUGUGUGAAAAAUGUGACAAGGAGUUUGUAAAUAUAGAAGCACUGAAGGCCCACAUCCGCUUUGUCCAUGAUAAGAAGUAUGACUGCAGCGAAUGUGACAAGAAGUUUGGCACCAAAUACCUUUUGAUGCAGCACUUGCGGUCACACACCGGAGAGAAGCCUUUUCAAUGUGACACCUGCAACAAAGCUUUCACAACUUCUUCAUCGCUAAAGGCACAUCUUGAGAGUCAUAACAUUAAUCGCUCCUACCUGUGCCAUGAAUGUGGUGCUGCAUACAGACGUAGGGACUGCUUGAAGCAACAUAUACUGCGAUGCCACAAGACAGAUCAUGAAUUCCAGUGCGAGUUGUGUGGAAAGAGCUACAAGUACCGUGAGUCACUGAAAAACCACUUAGAGCACCAUAAGAAUGUUGAUGAAGGAAAGUGCCCUUAUCAGUGCCACCUGUGCGGGAAAGGGUUCACAGUGGCUGCUACGCUGCAGCGUCACAUGCAAACACAUAGAUCAGUUUUCCGGUGUCAUACAUGUGACCGUGAGUUCAGCCAUCGUCAUCACCUUAAGCGUCAUUUGAUUGUUCACACGGGAGAGAGACCCUUCAUUUGCCCUCAUUGUGACAGGACUUUUGGGCUUCGGUCAACGCUUCUCACCCAUUUACGACUUCAUACUGGUGAGAAACCUUACAAAUGCAAGCUGUGUCCUAUUGCUUUCCGACGCAACUACAGCUUGAAGAAUCACAUGAAGAAGGCCCAUGCCAUCGAAGUGCCUAAACGUGGUCCAGGUUCCUUACCCCUCAAGGUCAGUAACCAAGAUAAUGUGCCUCCAGAAGUCCUGAUGCAACUGCAGUUGCAAGAGGAAGAAGCAAAUGCACAGAUCAGGGGUGAGAAAGGUAUGUUGCCAGGAGCAGUUCCCAUUGAGCUCACCGUUCAUCAGAUUGAUUAUGACGGCCAGGUGGAGCCAAAUGUUGCCUACACCACCUCUGCAGAGGAAUCGGUCGUUGCGAGUGAGCUCAUUGACAAUGCAGACAGCCAACAGGCUGUGAUGACUCUAGCAAACAUGUCACACCAGUUGAUAAAUGUGCAACAGAUGGAGGAGUUGCAGCAACAAGUUCAGCAUCAGCUACAAGAAGCUGAAGGGGUUCAGCAACAUGUACAAGAGGUUCACAUACAACAGCUUGAAGAUGGUACACAGACUGUUGAAUAUGUCACAUUUCCUGUGAACUUCACCACUAUCCCUACCUCAGAAUCUGAACUAAAGGAUGGGCAACUCAUCCAAUAAAUUUGUCUCUCAAUACAAGUGCAUUUCAUUCUUUCAAUGUACUGUCAAAGGAGAAGUCAGACCUUGAUUUAAUUGGUUUUCAAAAGCAUAGAAAAUUGAGAAUCUUGUCAAUAAGGGUUUGAUGAAAUUUAUCAAAGGAUGAUCAAAUUCAGAUUUAUUUUUAGUCAAAGCUUCUAUUUUCUCUCUCUCUCUCUAAAUAAGAUCCUCUCUUAAUAUUGACUUUACCUGUCUGACAUAUUUGAGACCUUGUUUAAUACAAACAUGUACACACAAAUAGUAUUUUGAUGCACUUUGUCAGACUUUCAUUCUUUCCCGCUUUGAUUACAACCAAUUUUCAAAUCAUGGGGACAGCAUCAGAGCGAGAAUGAGUUUGCAGGCACAAAAAAUGGUUUGCUGAAACAUGCUAUAUUAGCCUGAAUUUUUAGACCGCCAUACUUGGGAUAGCUUUCUUGGCACAGGGUUGUUUGCAACAAAAUGCCACAUACAUUUUGAAACUAAAUUUGCAGUAUUUCAAUGCAGCCCCCAUGGUUUUGGACUCUACAACAGUUCAGUUAGAUUCUGGUAUAAAUCUGCCUCAGGGACACUGACUUUGUUUAGCCAGAGGGGUUUCCUUAUUUAAACAAAAAAUAUAUAGAUUUAGUUGUAAAGUUAAUAUUCUUAUUGAUACUUUUCUACUGGUAGUAGCAUGUCAAAAGUCUGUACUGAGUUUUUUAGCUGGAAUCCAACUAUGAAGGUGCUGUGCAUCUUUAAAUAGCGGCUUUUCCUGCAUUCUUUGUUAUUUUGUCCAUGAUAAAGCAUGAGAAUUGGUAGUGAAAUGCUGCUUGCGAGAUUCCUGCGGGAAAGAUGCAGCUCAGACAAUUGGCAAGUGCCUUAGAAAAUUGGUAAAAAGGUAGAUUGAGCUAUUCUUAUUUCUCCUAAGUGACGGUUGUGACAUUAAGAAUCCUACAGUCAAGAGAUGGAUCAAGGUCUAGUCCAUGUACAUGUAUUUUCACUCUAAAUUCAAUAUACAUGUAGGUGUGGCGAUAUUCUUUCUAAACCAGAAUUCAAGACCUCAUUUGAGCUAUUUUAGGUACUUUUUCAGCCUGCUCCUGCUCAAAAUAGUUACAAAUUGGAAUAAAAAACAUGUCUAUUUUCUGUAUUUUACAUGUACUGUAAGACCUACAUGUACACUUUAUUGAAUCAACUACAAUAAAAGACAGCAAAAUAAGGGGACCAAUUAAUUUUAGGUUUA